AUGGCUGCCACUACUAAGAGCUUGGGCAUCGAUAAUCACAGCCAGUUCCUUCAACUUCAAACUGACCCAUGCAAUGCGGCGAAGAGAGAAGUAGCCAAUGCGUUGUAUGGAGAUGCCGGUCGCUAUCCGGAUGAUGGCGAAGAGGAUGAAGGAAAGGAGGUAGAGAAGGAGCAGGGCUACGAAGACGGUGGUCGGACUCCAGAUCGUCAUGACGGAUCACAAGUGGAACAGCACCUUGCGACAGGCUUGACUCGACGAUGGUUGGCUAGAUGUUUGGAGAUGAGCAAGUUCAUCGUCGGCGUCCUUGCGAAACAGGAGUCGAAAACGACGACAAGGAAGUCUCUCAACGAGGUUGAGAUAGCAAAGCUAGUGAUGGUUAGAAGCAUUCCAGAAAUCGACGGGUUGGCAGCUGCGUGGUUGGCCUCUGUCCGCUCCUGUAGCGAGCCGUCGUCGUGCGAGCCUCCUGCGGCUCUUGUUGGUUGGAGCUCCGCCGGCUACGGAGUUACUGAGCGCGGUGAACAGUGCAGCAAUGGCUGA